AUGGCUGUUCAGCAGCAGACGACGGCGGGCAUGCGCAAGAACGGCAAGCAGUGGCAUGCGCCGAGGAAGGCUUUCCGUCCUGCUGCUGGUCAAACGGCCUAUGCCAAGCGAGUUGCGAGAGAGUCUCAGGCUGCUGAGGUGAAGAAGAUCGAGAAGGAGAUGAAGGCGGAGAGGGAGGACGAGCGACAGAGACGGAUUCAGGCCAUCAAGGAUAAACGAGCGGCCAAGGAAGAGAAAGAGCGUUUUGAGAAGAUGGCCGAGAAGAUGCACAAGAAGCGUGUGGAGAGGCUGAAGCGUAGGGAGAAGAGGAACAAGAUGUUGAAGUCAUGA